AAAACAUUAAAAAUGCAACUUUUUAUACCUGUAAACAAAUUUUUCGUUUUUAAUAUCGGCAUCCAUCGUACUCCAUUGAUAACUUUUUGAGGUGUUUUCAGCGGAAUUCCGAUCCUAUUCAUCGGGUUGUUCUCAUUCGGGAAAGAGGAGGAAGAAAAUGAGAGCAAAAAAACUUAGGAAAAAGAAGUCACCGUUGAUAUGGAGAUUGCUGAAACGAUAUCUCGCUAAUUCGAGCAUCCACGGGGUGAAAUAUCUCGUAGAAGAUGGACGUCACUGGACCGAACGACUUUUCUGGCUGCUCGCUUGUGGCCUCAGCUGGUGGGGAUGCGCUUUUCUCAUUUUCGGAGUACUCGAGGAAUUUCAAAACCGAAGAACGGCUAUCACUAUUCAAACAAAUUAUAUUGACUGGCCUAUCGAAUUACCGUCGAUUCAUUUGUGCUCCAUGGAAACGCCCGAUUCUGGAGCAUACGUCAUCAAGGUCUGGAAGAAAAAAGCUUACAAAAAACUCGACAACGAUCGAACGAUGGGGUACGAGCGGAACCUUCCCGAACCUCACGGACCCGAAGCUUUCGAGGGGCUGGCAAACGCGAUGAAGCUCAAUUGUUCGAAACUGUUCGAAUGGUGCGAGUGGGACGGGAAGGAAUUCGACUGCUGCUCUGCGUUCAGACCUCUGGCUACACCGAUGGGCUCUUGCUUAUCCAUCAAUUCCAUUUUCACGAGGAGCGAUAACAACACGAAGAGUGAUCACGAAAUGCAAAGAUUCCAGCUCAGAGACUCGACAAAACCAGAUUCCUUGAGAGUACGAUUCAAAAACGAAGAAUACUGGAAAAAAUUCGAAAAAAAUUACAACUUGUACCUGAUGGGAAAUACAGAAAUCCCAUCACGAACGACGGGUCACGACAAACUGAUCGAAGCCAGAUGGAAGUCGAGUCCGAUCGUUAAGAUUGACAUUAUUCAGGAGCCGAUUUACAACGAGAAUGGCGUUCGGAGCGUUCCGAUCGAGAAAAGAAAUUGUCGUUUUAUGGACGAGAGAGAUGAGAACGCUAAAAUAUAUCAAUUUUACGGUUAUGACGCUUGUGUUAUCGAGGCGGAUUUGGCGCGAAUGUACAAUAUUUGCCAUUGCAUUAGUCAUAUCUAUCCACGUGCUCCAUCAAUGUCGAUCUGUAAUCAGACACAGUUAAAAUGCGUUUACGAAUCGUCUGAUUUGAUUUACAACAAUCAAUACCCUGGAUGCGUGCCUGAUUGCGAAGCGACCUUGUACAGCUCUUUCAAGAAUUUCAAGUCCGAAGGGAAAGAAGAUGGGGGAGCACAUUUCGACGUGAAUUUCUUGCCCGGUCCGUCCAGACGAUUCGUGCGUUACGUCGUUCACAGCAAGUUGGAUGUUGUUGUCUCGGUGGGUAGUGCGUUGGGUCUCUUCGUCGGUGCCAGUAUUCUCAGCCUGGUAGAAAUUCCGUACUGGAUCAUCGUGCGAGGUGCGGAUGACGACGACGAGGAGGGUGAUCAAGUGCGGAAGGAAAAUUGAGAUAAACAUUUGAAAAUUUUCGUCCUGAUUGGCUCGAUGAUCCUUGUCGAUACAACUCCGUGUGGUCUUGAUAUCUGUGAAAAUGUAAAAUUAUUUAUAACUAUGGAAAGACACGGUAAGGGAAUAAAAAAACUUGUGUGGAGCACGUGGAUGAAUUAUUGAAACUCGAGCAGCCCGAGAAGCCCACUAAAUUUACGAUUUCAAUACCGUCAAUAUACAACUAAGGACCUUUCUUGUCGAGGAGCAGAUA